AUGGAACAUGCAUGAGAGCUUACCGCACGGAGAUCUUCGUUCCCUGCUGGGUUAUGUGCCUCCUCACGAGCCUUUAGAGCUUCGUGGGAAGAAUAUCCCGUACUUACCCAGGGAUGACACCCAUCCUUUCCACCUGGUGGUCAUUGCUGGACAGGAAUGUCCUACUCACUCUGGCAUUCCUAUGGGCCUCGGUGCGACAUUCAAAGAUCGACACAAAGAUAAAGAUAAGCAAUCGGAGCGCGAGGCUUCUAGAAGAGACAAGGAAAAAGAGAGGGAUCGUCAACGCCAUUCGCGAAAUGUCAAGGCAGAUCGGAACACAUUUGUGGCGGGAACUAUGUCCAGCUGGUCAGCCAUUCUUGAAGAUUGGCUGCAGAAUGGAGUGGGAUCAAUAUCAGGCGUGCAACCUGCUCUGGAACAAUCAUCUGAUCCAAUGAAUCGAUUCAGAAAUGCGAGGGGGCCGAUGGAUGCCUGUGUUUCUGCGGCGGUAGCUGUGGAGUCAAAUUCCGAAGAAACGAUCGAUUCAACACACGAGGCUCGUCUUUCUGAACCCAAUGUGGCCUGGAAUAUCUCGGAACAAGGCGGAACUGCGACUCUCAGUGCCGAGCAGGCUCGUCUGAGGGCUGGCGUGAAGGGACCAUAUGUUCUCCUGUGCAAGGAGCGUUUGAUGGGCAUUUAUAUAGCAGUGUUUGUUCAGCGAGAUUGUCGUCCUCUUCUAAGAGAUUAUUCUACGGGGACUGUGGCGGCUGGCCUAAUGGGUGGGCGUGUCGGAAACAAGGGGGGAGUCGGUGUCAGCGUCUUUUUCGCCGACACCAGACUUUUGUUCAUCAACGCCCAUCUCGCGGCCCAUGAGGGAAAAGUCGCAUUGCGUCUAGCUAAUCUUCAUAAGAUCAAGUGCGAGCUAGAAGUUGAUUCCUUCCUUCCAUCUGAUGAUCCAAGGCUCCUGUCAGAAGAUGUUACCGACCGGUUUGAUUAUACCUUUGUGUUCGGCGAUUUGAAUUUCAGAUUAGAUUUAACGCGUCUGCAUGCUGAUUGGCUCAUUUCCAGGAAAGAAUACGCACAGGCCUUAGAAUUCGACCAACUUCACAAACUCAUUCAGGAAGGGAAGGUUGAUCUGCAAGAGGAGCCUCCGCGUUUUCCCCCAACAUACAAAUAUGAUGUUCGCAGGCGAUCGAUGCGCGAUACCACAGUCGGUACACGUGCACAUGUGCAUCGAGCACUGACAAAUACUGUGGAGCCCCUCAAUGAGACGGAUGAACAUGCGCCAGGGUCGGAUCAGGAAGAUGACGACGUAGACGAGCACGAGCAAGGGAGUCGCGACUUUGAAUCGAGUUCAUUCAUUUCGAGCGGAUCUGCUUGGACUGGUACGGCUUCGACAACUUGGACAACUGAUGCCGACGACGAAGAAGGCGAAGACAGUGACGGCAACGUAGUAUCCUCUUCCCUUGCUGUCGCUACACAGGCGGCGCAGAAGCUACUCGGUCUUCCUGCGGCGCAGAAGGCCAAAACCAAAUUCAUGGAUUUUAUUGGCCGACCUAUUAGCCUUGCAGCUUCGAAUCGGCCCACCUUUAUCACUCCCGAAACGCUGAACGCCGGUAUCAGCGAUGUGCCCAAAUCUGUAUCGCCAUCCCCAGACCAAAAGCUACCAGUCACACAUUCCACCUCGACGAAAACUCAUCUAUCACGUGCCACACUGGAGGACAAUGAGCCAAUGACGUACGAUUCUUCCAGCAAGCAACGGGUACCAAGCUGGUGCGACCGAAUCUUAUGGAAAACCACCCUCGUUUCGGGCUGCGAGCAUUCCCCAGUAUCAGAACAUAGGGAAUCUAUGACUCGCAGCGGUUUGCGGAGGGGAUAUUUCGGCAACGCUUUGUCCAGUAUUGUUCUGCGAAGUGGACCUCCUUUGGGACGACAACGAAGAAAUUCAACUUCCUCUACAACGGCAGAUAGCCGAGCGAAUUCUUCUGACUGUGAUUCAUCCCGCAGUCUGCACCACUCCCCGACAACCUCCACUAUAUUGUUCAAUCCCAAUAUGACGGCUUCUGCGGAGCGUAGAGCUGUGAAGAACGGGGAUGAAUCGUGUGCUUUGGCAUCUGAGCCGCCACCCGCGAAGCCAUUCUCCUUUGAUACCAAUAUUCCUCUUACUCAAUGGCACCCGCAGAACCCCGAGUCUAGAUCCACAGCAGGGUCUGUGGUAUUCCCCCCUUUUGUGGCACCCAUUCCAUCGCCGCCUCGUCUUCCUCCUGUGUUUGCGGUUUCCUCUUUGAUGCCGACCUUAGAACCGGAUGAGCCCAGACCAUCUACCAGCACCGGCAGUAGUUCCAAGUGGUGGCGUCAUCUUCCAGGGUUGUUAACUCGUGCUUCCGCGCCAGAGCCAUGCCCUGUCUUCCCAUCACAACCGGAACAUCAUCGGGGAGAUGUUGUUGUACUUUCAUAUAAGACUCUUGAUGAUCUUCAGAUGAAGACCCUGGACGGCCGAAGCGAUCAUCGUCCAGUGAUCGGGUCGUACGCCGCCUACGUUUGAAUGGACGUCUGGGCAACUGGCUGGGUAGCCAUACUCGAACGUUGCUGGCAAGUUAUUGAUUAUCGAAUUAAUACAUGUUCGGAGGGGAGGUUUUUAUUGCGGCUUCGAGCCAACGUCAUGUAAUUUGGCACACAGAAACAAUCAAGGGCCAC